GUAGGAUAAUCGUAAGUAGGUUUAAACCGUUAUAUUGAAUUUAUAAAUUAUACAGUGGCAUCUGAUGUCUUUGCAUUGAUAGCGUUACUGUUCGGUUGUAAUCAGAAGAUAUUACCUAUUUCCUAACGCUAAUUGUCGAUCGAUCGAUAAGACAAUUACAGUAUAAUUUGGUUGCUUUCUAUACGUGAUUGAUUGAGAAAUUGUAUUUGAAUCAUCAAUGCUUUUAAUAACUGUUGAUGUCUGUUUACGAAUACUUCAAAAUCCCGUAUUGUAAAAUGAACUGUUCUCAAUUGAAAAGCCUUAGUCGUGGGUCAGCGAGCAAGAGUUUUUGUGAAAGGGGUUUAAAAUACCGGUAAGCGGACAGCUUUUGUCUGUUUAGUCAACACUGCUCAGAACCUUCGCUAAAAUCACUGCUCUGGUAUUCAUCACAGCCAAGUGACUUCAAUGAAGGGGAAACAUGAAAGCUACGUUUAGAGUACUGGAAUUGGUUAUUUUAUCAUCGGCACUUCUUCUCCAAGGUGAAGUGAAAGGAUCCAACCGGUCUGAAUUAUUCAAGAAUGUUAUCAACAAAGUCGACCCUGAUAUUGCUCCUUUUGAAUCCGCCCUAACAAGUACCUAUGUGACAAUAUCCCUCAACAUCAUGAGUAUAGCAGAGGUGGACGAAAAACAGCAACCGUUUUCAGGAGCAUAUUUGGUGACGUUAGGCUGGGGUGACUCUCGCCUAUCCUGGGACCCGAAAAUGUACGGUAAUAUUUCAUCAGUGCAAGUGAAAGCCGAAAAGUUAUGGUACCCUACCUCUGUUUGUAUGUUUAAUGAAAUUGGAAAUGACAAAUGCUUCGACGCUAAAGACAAACAAUUGACAGUUUACAGUUAUGGGAGCGUUUUAUAUACAACUUAUUUGGACAGUGUCUCGCAGUGUAAAAUCGAUGUCACCAAAUAUCCGUUUGACACCCAGUUUUGCGGUCUGGCGAUGGGCAAUAACAAUUUUGGAACCGAGUUUCUAACUUUCAACGAAGAAUAUUCGAGCUUCCUUCUUCAGUAUCUUCAACCCAACGAAGUUUGGGAAAUCAAGAACCAUACAUAUUAUGUAAAUAAUUUUUUCAUCUCCGCUUUGAAUUCAACUCAACAGCAAAUUUAUUUCUUUCUACAAGUGGACAGAAAGGCCUUCUAUGUUGUGAUUUCAACGUUGUUACCCGUGAUUAUCUUGUCCGUCCUGAAUUUGUUCUGUUUCGUGGUACCCAUCGAGUCAGGAGAAAAAAUGGGAUUUGCCAUGGCAAUCUUUCUGACUUUUGCAGUAUUUCUGACUAUAAUCAACGAUUCCAUGCCUAAAUCAUCUGAUGUUAUUCCAUAUUUUACUAUUUAUUUGUUAACCCAGUUAGUUAUUAGCGGAUUAGUAGUUGUUCUUGAGACAUUCGUUCUGUUGGUCCAUUUUCAUUUUUCUACAAACAAGGAAGAACCGGACACAGACGAGAAGCUUCGAUUGAAGAAAAAAUUCAGAGUGACAGGGGUACAUUUAGAUAUAGCAUUUUUCUUGUUUGUCCUAUUUUCCAAUAUAUUUUCGUUUCUUUACUUUUUACUCAACGUCAUACGUUGACAGCAUUCAAUUAUAUUACAAACACUGAUGUUUAGGCUAGAACAAAUAUUUGUUGAUCAAGCAAUAGGAUUAUAACUGUAACAUUAAACAUGGCCUAAUCAAGGCUUUAAAGGGACUUGGAUACGAUUUGAGCUCAAAAUUUCAAAUUUUAUUUUUCCAGUUUUUAAUGUUUAGAGUGAUUUAUUAUGGGUAUUUUUAAUGCUUUACGAAAAAUUGAAAGUCAGAUAUUGAGUUAUUAACAAGAUACAGAGUUUGGAAUUCUUUGUUUUGUAAACAAAGCUCGAGCCUUGUUAUUGUUUAAUUACCUAUGUGUUUUAUUGUUAUAAGUUUCAAUUAAAUGUUGCCUUCUUCUAUUGAUAAUAUAUUUUAUAAUCACA